AUGGAGAGUCGGCUCGGCCCAGUUUUGGCCAGUGCGGCCUUGCUGUUGCUGGCCCUGGUGGCGGUGGCGAUGGGGGAGGGAGAUCGGGCGGUCCAGGGCUACAUGUACGUGGAGAGCGCGGAUCUGGCCCGCUUCAGCGCGCUCGAGGACUUUGCCCUGGCGCACCCGCGACCGGCGAGGAGGAGCGACUUCGCCGCAGCUCAGACCACCAGGGAGAAGAAGCAGCAGGCGAUGAAGCUUCUUCCCGAGAUGAUGUCCUACAUGAAGCACAACACCCUGAGCUCGGACCAGGUGGCCGAACAGAUCGCCCGCAUGCUAGCCGAUCAGCCCAAGUUCCCCUCGGCCAAGGACCAGGAGAAGAAGGUGAAGGCCAAUCCCUUCGAGAGCACCUUCGCCAGGCAGUUCAUCGACGCGUCGGGCACCAAGGGGGUGGGACCCAACACGGCCCGCCAGGUGAAGGGCAACGGCCGCGGGGGCCUCAUCGCCAUCUGGGGGCUCGAAUGGGCCUACGGCGCGCACGAUGUAAGCCAGGACACCGAGCAGCUGGCCUUCAACAACCGCAAGCGAAGCCUCUCCUCCAACUACCUUGGCUCUCUCGAAAACGAACACAUCUGCGUGAUCAAGGAAGUAGACGCGGCGAGCGUGUACCUUCUGCGAGGAGCGGUCAACAGCACUGUGGCACACAAGGGCGACAUCUGCGACUUCGCCGAGGCGUUCAACGUGAUCAUCGACAUCCCGCUGAACUCCCGUGCGCCGAUGGAGAGCGUCAUGCUGUACCUCGUUGCUGCGACGGUCGAUGAGUACAGUCUCAUCCUUCCCGAGGACCAAACGCAGAGCACCUACGAGAAGGUGUGCUUCGACUACCCAUUGAUGCUCUACAGCUACGUCAAGCAAAACACUGGGUCGUUUUCCAACAUGGCGCACACCUGCAACGAGCGAUUCUGCUCCAGGGCGCUCUUCAACUCACAAACGGACCCGUGGAACAUCGUCCCCGCCUUCUGCCCCCUUUCCACCUUCUACCCCGACUUCUUCAUCGCCGAGCAGUACGGCUCCUGA